AUCUCUCUCUGUACUCUUGUUUGUCACUCUCUCAGUUUCUCUAUGGAAUGUGGGCUACCAUUGCUCAAUUGCCUAUGGCAGCAAACACUGCAGAGUUUCUGCUUCCCAGAUGCAUCAAGUUCAUCAAAGUGGGUGUAUGCUGUCUUCUGGAGAAUCCUCCCAAGAAACUUCCCACCACCCAGAUGGGAUUGUGAUGGCAGAGAAGCAUUAAACCAGUCCAAUGCUAGCAAGAGAAACUGGAUACUUGUUUGGGAGGAUGGUUUCUGUGAUUUCUAUGAAGCAAGCUUUGCACCAGAAAUUUUCUUCAAGAUGUCUCAUGAGGUCUAUACCCUUGGAGAAGGAGUAGUUGGGAAAGUAGCAGCAGAAAACAGCCAUAAAUGGAUGCAUAGUGGAAAUACUCAUCCAGAAACUAAUGGCAGCCACUUCUCUUCAUGGGAUUCAUCCACAUAUCCACAACCAAAAGUCUGGCAAUGUCAGUUCAAUUCAGGCAUUCAGACUAUUGCAGUAAUUGCAGUAAAGGAAGGUGCUAUUCAACUUGGCUCAUUAGAUAAGGUUCCUCAAGAUCUUAUACUAGUGAUGAACAUACAGAGAAAAUUCAAUUAUUUGCAGAGCAUACCGGGAAUGUUUGCUAUGCAAAGACCAUAUCAAGCAUUUCCAGAGAAUUAUAUUCAUGGAUUCAAGCAGAGUCUGCAGAUUACUGAGAAAGAAGAUGAAGAAAAUAAUGCUGCAUUUGGAGUUCAUGGAUCAAAUUACUUGUUUUGUGAUGUGAAAACAGAAAUGUUUGAAGUUUCAGAAAACAAACUCAAGAUCCGACAAUGAGGAGAAAAUCAAUUGAAGCAUGUUUGCCAAUUUGCUCACUGAUUGUGUUGUUUGUGAGCAACUUUAUGUUCUGGUUAAUAUGUAAUUUCUUUAGCUGUUUGAUUAGAGCUUCUCAACUGUUCUACUUGAGCUGUCAGACAUCAAACCUGGAUCCAAGUUGCAAGUGGAGUUCCAAACAAUUCUGUUGCAUUGGGACCAGUUGGGAAAGUAGUAUUGAUUCAGGUCAGAUUAUAAUAUUAUAUUGGUUUUUCUUUUCUA